CCCAUGGUAGAUCAUUGUUAUGACUGCGUUAUCGUGGGUGCUGGUGGCGCAGGAUUAAGGGCAGCUCUCGGAUUAGGUAGCAAAGGCUUUCGCGUGGCAGUGGUGACAAAACUCUUCCCUACAAGAUCGCAUACAGUGGCAGCCCAAGGUGGCAUUAAUGCCGCUAUCAGUAAUUAUGAGCCCGAUAAUUGGUUGUUUCACAUGUACGACACGGUGAAAGGGUCUGAUUGGUUGGGCGAUCAAGACGCCAUACACUUUCUCACUAGAGAAGCACCCAGAGCAGUCUUCGAAUUAGAAAAUUAUGGUUGCCCAUUUAGCAGAACUCAGGAGGGAAAAAUUUAUCAACGAGCAUUCGGUGGCCAGUCUUUACAAUUCGGAAAAGGUGGCCAAGCGCACAGAACUUGCGCGGUUUCUGAUAGAACGGGACAUGCUAUUCUCCACACCCUCUACGGUCAAAGUCUCCGCCAUGAUGUUCACUAUUUCAUCGAAUACUAUGCUCUGGAUUUAUUGAUUCACGGUCGUUGCUGCAAAGGAGUUUUAGCUCUGGAGUUAGAAACUGGAAAGAUGCAUCGCUUUAAAGCCCAUCAUACGAUUCUAGCAACAGGCGGUGCAGAACGGUGUUUUUUCUCCUGUACCGCAGCUCACACCUGUACUGGAGAUGGAAUGGCCAUGGCUUCUAGAGCAGGACUACCUCUCCAAGACAUGGAGUUUGUUCAAUUUCAUCCCACUGGCAUUUAUGGAACUGGUGUACUUGUCACGGAAGGCAGCAGAGGGGAAGGUGGAAAAUUGGUAAACUCAAGAGGAGAAUUUUUCAUGGAGAAAUACGCGCCUAAUGCUAAAGAUCUAGCAUCACGCGACGUAGUGUCACGUGCAAUUACGGUCGAGAUAUUUGAAGGACGGGGAGUUGGCCCAAAGAAGGAUCAUAUCCAUCUGCAGUUACAACAUUUACCUGCAGAAACGAUACGUACUAAAUUACCUGGUAUAGCGCAUCUAGCGUGGGUCUUCGCUGGAGUAAACUGCGAAAAAGAACCAAUUCCUGUUGUUCCGACUGUGCACUACAAUAUGGGUGGUAUUCCAACAAAUUGGCGGGCACAGGUUUUGACUCGAGAGAACGAGGAAGAUCUUCCAGUAGAUGGACUUUGGGCUGCAGGCGAAACCGCAUGUGCAUCCGUCCACGGAGCUAACCGAUUGGGUGCCAAUAGCCUUUUGGAAAUUGUUGUAUUUGGUACCGCAGUUGCCGAUAAUAUCGAUUGUACAACUCGUCCUGGAGAACGACACGAUGAUCUCGAUCCGGACAUUGCAGAACAGGCAAUAUGUCGUUUCGAUGCAACACGCUAUGCAAGCGGUUCGACAUUGGUAGCGGAUCUGCGGGAUGAAAUGCAACGCACAAUGCAGAAAUAUUGCGGUGUCUUUCGUACGUGCGACAUUUUGCAACGCGGAUGCCGGGAGAUAACUCGGCUGUACACUUGCGAUUUACCGGAAAUAUGUGUGCAAGAUAAUUCACUGAUUUGGAAUUCGGAGUUAAUAGAAGCUCUUGAAUUGCAAAACUUGAUGCUUUGCUGCAUGCACAUAGUGUACUCAGCGGAGAACCGGAAAGAAUCCAGAGGCGCUCAUUCUAGAGACGACUUUAAAGACCGAAUAGAUGAAUAUGAUUACACAAAGCCACUAGAAGGUCAGACGAAACGACCGUACACCGAGCAUUGGCGUAAGCACACACUCUCCUGGGCCUUUGAAAAUGGUUCCAUGUGCAUCUCUUACCGCCCAGUAAUAGACACAACUUUAGACGAAAGCGAAGCGCAACAUGUCCCUCCAUCUAUUCGAACCUACUGAAAUAACAUCGUAAUGUAAAGAAAAUCAGUUUCUACGAGCCAUCGAGGACACUACGCCUGCAGGAAAGAACUGGACAUGUACAGUAUAAAAAGAAGCAUAAAAACCUCCCGGAUUUUUUACGAUAGUUGUUACGAAACCAAAUUGAAGUCAAAUGAAAAUAUGUAAUCCCAGAGACUUUUGCGACUCCCAUUGGUAACAAAUACAGCAUUUAAUAUACGCUGACCUGAAAAAAACUUAUCAUUUAAUAUAUUAUGCAGUCAUAACUAGUUCUACCAGUUAAGUCUGCCAGUAAGGUUAUCAUAUGAUCAAUGAUUAAAGUCGAAUGUUUUGCAAAUACACAAAAUAUAAUGGAACAAAUCAGUCGUGGAACGUGCAAACAAUUGUAGCGUACAACACAUUUUAAAGCGUUAUUUAUGCCAUCUGCAGAAAGUGCAAUUCGAUCGCAAUCCCCAGAGUACGGAUACGGUUGCGUUAGUGAAUCUUACACAAUCAAACUUUAUCGACUGUCGCUACUAUUUUUAUUAUCUGCAUUGAUUUGUCUAAACCACGGCUAUAACUGGUCAUCCAACAGAACGCAUAUUUGUAGCUCUACAAACUAAUUUGCCUAUAAAGAAAAUACAGACAGUAGCCAAGUAGACCAAUGGUAUACGGUAUGUUUUGUUUAAAUGGUCUAAUGUAUUCGCGCGUUACUCCUUUACUGCUUGAAUAAGGUCUCUUAAAGACAAAUGAAAGUUCAAUCGUCAGACCGCAAAAGAUAUAGUGUAAAAUUGAUGUAACUUUAUGUUCAAUCAUAUUCACGAGAUUAUCAAAACGCAAGCGAGCAACGAGCAAUUGAUAAAUAAAAACGUGAAGUAAUGAUUUCCUUUAUUUUUAUAUUUUAUAUUAACCCAUAAGUACAUUGCUACGUCUUUUAUACAAAAAUUUCUAGAGAACUAAAACUCACUUCAAAACUAUCCGCAAUGGGCGAAUCGCCUUGGAUCCGUGUACGGGGCCGGUGGGUCGUCAUGGCUCUAACAGUAAGCGAAGGUCAAUUCCACCGGUUCCGACUAACCACGGAGCAUCGACCAAUGGGAGAUCAGCUUAAGUGCCACGCCAUCAUCCCCUCUACGUAACCACUUUGUGGCAUUUUUAGCGAGUGCGAAACCCAUCACGCUCGACUGAGCAUCUCGCCGCAAAUAAAGGUGUAAAUGACCUUACAGAAGAUCUUACAGAAAACGAAAUUCUCCCUUGAUACAUGCAGUUUACUUAAAAUCCUCCAAAACAUUUGCUUUCUCUCAUGUUGAAUAACACGCAGGGCAUUCGAAUCAUGCAAUACGUCACUGCCAUUCCGAGGGAAUAAGUUAGGAUUAUCCUCAAUUGCUACUCGCCAGUUUCAUUACACUCCCG